AACAUGGUGGUGUUUUAUCUGCAGAACCGCAUGAACGGAGACGAUAAACGGUCUUUAUGACCGGUAUUACACCAUAUACUGUAACCACGGGCGCCGGACCGGUCUGUGCGCUCUGUUAUCCUUAUCUCAAUCUGUGUUCGAGUCUACACGGUGACAGCAGGAGGUUUCCACCAUCAUGUCUGUGUUUGAGGACGAAGCAAGUGUUUCAGUAAAGGCUCAUCCUGAAGCCUUGGCCUUGGAGCUCACAUGCCCCAUGUGUUUGCAGCUGUUCACGGAGCCUGCGUCUCUUCCCUGCGGUCACAUCUUCUGCUUCGGCUGCCUUCGGACCAUGGGAGAGGGCCUGGACCAACACAGCUGCCCAGAGUGCCAGGCUGAGUACCGCGGAGCCACGGAUCUCGUGAAGAGCCGUAAGAUGCGCAGCAUCGUGGAGACCUACAGAGCCACCGCUGAGAACGUCCUCUCCACUGCAGUCCACUCCGACGUCUGCCGCGGAGGGGUCGAGGGGAGCUGUGUUGUGGACAAAACAGACACAACACGUCUGUGUGACACAGCAACAGCAGGGGAGAGCCGAGAGGAUGGAGCAGCAGAACACGAGGCAAAGCAAGGCUUUAGGACUGGGUCUGGACCUGCACAGCACCCAAAUAGUUUGGCUCAAGCAAAAAGCAGCAAAAAGACAGAAGACAUGACUGAACCCAAGAUAAAACUAGCCUCUCAGGUCAAUUACUUGAACUCCAAGUUGGAGUUGGCAGAGAAAGUCCUGAGAAGAGAAGAAGAAUUGGAAUGUGGCGCGAGCGCUGCUAAUUCUCAGCUGAGGGAGAAGGUCUCCGGUCUGCUGGAACAGAUGAAAGAUCUGGCUCAGAGCUACACGGAGCAGGUGAUGCAGAUGAUCAAGGAGGAGUUAGGUCCGAGCGAGGCUGGGAUACACCGCCGAGUCAGUCAAGCCUCCGAGUGGGUGAAACAGCUGAAAGAGGCGGUACUCAGUUCUGAAUCUCUGCUGGCUGAAGAAGACGAGGCAGCUUUUAGUGCCGAGCUUCAGAGGCUACAGCCGGCCGUUGAGAAUUUACUGGCAGAGCCACUGAGAGGAGACGAGGUGGAAACGAGCGUCAACCCAGCUCAAGCUUGUUCCAAGCUGGAGAACAUGAACAGUGAGCUGAGAGAACAGCUAGGACAGAUUCAACGCUCGGUCCGGAACGCCCUCAACCCYUCAGAGGUGACCUUUGACCCAGAAACCGUCCACCCGAACCUCCUCCUCUCAGAGGACUUGAAGACGGUGACGUUCAGCGCUGUAAAGCAGCCUUACCCGUCUUCUCCGCAAAGGUUCACCAACUUCUUCCAGGUCCUCAGCUCGCAGAGUUUCUCAGAAGGUGAACACCGCUGGGAGGUGGAGCUCGAAGGCUCUCCGUGGAUCGUCGGCGUCUGCUACGGUGGGAAGCUGCCACGCAGCGGCCUGCCGUCCGCCCUGGAGAGCAGCCAGAGCUCCUGGUGUCUGAUGUGGUUCAACAACCUGCUGACUGCUUUUGAGCAGGGCCACAGCGUGCCACUGAAGAGGACCACAGUGUCURGCAGGCUUGAGAUCAAGCUCAGCUUCAAAAACCAGAGUCUGAGCUUCUGUAACAUCAGCCCCACCAGUGGAAAAACUCACAUCUACACGUUCAYCAAUAAGCUAAACGAACCAGUGCAUGUUGCCUACAGGAUGAUGACKGGGCACCCCAACGCCCGUGUCACCGUUUAUUCAUAAUCACAGCUUUUCAAAAUGUCUGAAAGGGGAAAAAAUAAAAAAAUAAAUGAAGUCAAAAUACUCUAGCAGAGACUU